AUUCAUUCCAAUCUUAUCCUUUUUCUCUUUCGUUUGAUAUUGAUCGUUGACAAGGGACUGCCAGACAACAAUCGAGAACUAAUUCGAAAAAGGAUUCAUUUCGUCGCCAUCACUAUCAAGUAAUCACAUUGAAGCGWCCCAAAAUUCUGUUGCAAUGAAUUCUUCAGUUCUCCGGGGAUCUACAAGUUGUAUUUUUUCCGCCUCUAAGYUGGUGAAAAAAUCAGUAGUGGCAACUGCAACUUCUGGAUCCGUGACCRGUUUUACGUUUGAUACAGCCCGUUCAUUUCACUCGUCAGGCCAACAAAAUUCGCUUCCGACAUACCACGGAACGACGAUCUUGUGCGUACGYAAAAAUGGCAAGGUCUGUAUGAUGGGUGACGGUAUGGUCAGCAUGGGAAGCAUGAUUGUCAAACCAAAUGCCGUCAAAAUUCAACGUUUAUUUCCAAAGGGUGGUCUGGGAUCCACGGUUGAGAACAAAGAAGAAGACGAACAGAAGGCGACUUUGGUGGGCUUCGCGGGUGCAACAGCGGAUGCAUUCACCCUGUUAGAACGUUUGGAGGGGAAAUUGGAUGAAUAUCCCGGGCAAUUGUCGAGGUCUUGCGUCGAGUUGGCCAAGGGGUGGAGAACUGACAAGUAUCUACGACGACUGGAAGCCUCGUUGAUCGUGGCAGACGAAAGAAAAACAUUGGAAAUCACGGGAAACGGCGACGUCUUAGAGAUGACAGAUGGUGUUGUAUCUAUCGGAAGUGGUAGCCCAUAUGCACUGGGUAAGUGUGACUUGUGGAGAUGGGAAAAUGAAUGAAAAUUGUUUUCGUAAUGGGACGGAAGACAAAAUGAAUAUUUUUGGGAAUUGUUGACGUAGAGCUUGCCCUGACCAAUUGUAUUUCUUUCGUGGUCUGGAUCGAAUUGAAAURUAGCUGCCGCUAGGGCCUUGAUGAGCGUAGAUGACAUGGACGCAGAAGAUGUCGCCCAAAAAGCAAUGGAUGUAGCAUCAGAYAUGUGCGUGUACACUAAUAAAAACUUCCUUUCCUACAGUUUGGAAGAUAUCGGUGACACGACCGAGGAAGAUGUGUAAAACCGAACAAGAAUAUUUAUGACCAGUUGAUGGAAUGGUAAGAACUCAAACGUCUUUACYAUAACSCAAGUCAUCGUCAURUAAUUCUUUUACAUGUAUGGACAGCGGUAUCUGGAACAACUGUGUGUUCGYCACGYUGUGUUUGUACCCUAUCUAGAAAGCUUCCUUCAAUCAGAAAACUGUUUGAUAACUUAAAAAGUAGUAGGAAGUGCAAUCAAAAAAGUCAGAUUCAUUACUUCACCUAGUCUUUUUUUGAGAAGGGUUCGGUACAUACAACUAUCAGGUAUAAUUAGUUACAUU